GCCAUACAAACACGUCGACAUGGAGAAGAUAAACAGAGAAGUAGCUCCGUCGUUGUUUACCUCUGAAAUAGGCUUUUAAAUGUUCAUAAAAGACAGCGUUUUAUGCCAUUUAUAUUGAAUUAAGUUGUAUUUUAUUGAAGCUACGUUCCCAGGGGAAACGCUAAUGGUCGUGACAACAUGGAGAGUGGCCUGAGUCCCCAGGAUAAAAAAGACUUGGACAAGUUCAUUAAGUUCUUUGCCUUAAAGACUGUCCAGGUGAUUGUCCAAGCGCGUCUUGGAGAGAAGAUAUGCACUCGCUCGUCCUCAUCGCCUACUGGCUCUGAUUGGUUUAAUUUGGCCAUCAAAGACAUCCCAGAGGUGACUCAUGAAGCUAAAAAGGCGCUGGCUGGACAACUCCCAGGCAUCGGGCGCUCCAUGUGCGUCGAGAUCUCCCUGAAGACGUCAGAGGGGGACUCAAUGGAGUUGGAGACAUGGUGUCUGGAGAUGAAUGAGAAGUGUGAUAAGGACAUCAAGGUGUCGUACACAGUCUACAACCGUCUGUCUGUCCUUCUGAAGUCUCUGCUGGCCAUCACCAGAGUAACACCUGCCUACAAACUGUCCAGAAAGCAGGGACACGACUAUGUGAUAUUAUACAGGAUUUACUUCGGGGAAGUCCAGCUGAGUGGAUUAGGAGAAGGGUUUCAGACGGUGCGUGUCGGUGUUGUUGGCACACCUGUUGGCACGGUUACACUGUCAUGUGCUUACCGCACCAACCUGGCAUUCAUGUCCAACAGACAGUUUGAGAAGUCUGCUCCCAUCGUGGGGAUCAUCGUGGAUCACUUUGUGGAUCCACCUGGCAUCGGCCACCGUAAUGCAAACAUGGGACAUCCCUGCAACUACAGAGCUCUAGAUGAUGAGGACGGAGGAUAUGUAGGAGUUCAGGAUUCCCAGGAGGUCUGCACCACCUCCUUCUCCACCUCCCCUCCCUCACAGCUGUAUGCUUCCAGGUUUUCAUAUCACCCUCCAGCUGGAGCCGCUGAGCUGUGUCCCCCUGCUGCAAGCCAGGCGUUGCAUGCUGGGAAGGAGCACGGAGGAGUUGUAUUGGCUCCUGCUCAACCUCUUCAUGGAGCUGAUGCUCAUCUCACAGUAGAACAAGCUGCCAACACUCCUGGUGGCAGUGGUGAUGACGAUGGCCUGACGCACAGUGGAGAAAGAAGGAGGGAUGAAGGGCGGAGGAGCGUCUCUCCCUCCGACCCCGUGGAGUCGCUCAACGCCUUCACCAGGAAAAUUGGAGCCUUUGUCAAUAAACCCAUCACACAGUUAACAGCAGCCAGUCUGGACCUGCCAUUUGCUGCAUUUGCUCCUCGAGGCCUGGACUCAGAGGAGAAUGAUCCCAUGGUGCAGCCUCCAGACUCGCCCCCCUGCCCCUCCCCUCUGCAGGCCAGCCUCCACUCUCAGGGCUCGGAGGGAUCGGGGCAGCAGGACGACUUCGUCAUGGUCGACUUUCGUCCAGCCUUCUCUAAAGACGACCUGCUGCCGAUGGAUCUGGGCACUUUCUACAGAGAGUUUCAAAACCCUCCGCAACUGGCCAGCCUCUCUCUUCACAUCAGCGCCCAGUCGAUGGCCGAUGACCUGGACUCACUGCCAGAGAAACUUGCCGUCUACGAGAAAAACAUCGACGAAUUUGACGCUUUUGUGGACAUGCUCCAAUAAAAGAGUGAAAAAGGAGGAAGACUACAUGUGGGAUGGUGGCAAAUGAAACUGACUGGAGACUCUGUAGUCAUUUGUCCUGUAGGAAUCUGACUAAAUCUCAAUAUUUCAAAGUGAAGCUCCUCCUUUCUGACAUCUUCCUCUCUUACCUUCCUGUCAGGCACUUUCACGUCACUUGUACAGAUCACUGUAAAUAUUGUAUUAUCUCAACUGACACUGAAAUACACCUAUCUCUGAUCUGCUAGUGUUAAUUUAAACUAACAAUCUUUGUGUUCUAUGUGGAACAAAUCUGCUCAAAUCAUCAGUGUUUUAAUCAGGAUUUAAAAUCAAUUCUGUCACUUAGACAGCCAUGCAAUUCAAGGACAGACUACCUGCACACAAUUCAUUCACCCUCCCUCCUGAACACUACUAGCCUCCGAAGGUUUCCCCCUUCUUCAUCGUCUGAUCAUAACGCCAGGGGAGCGAUCAGUGGCUCUAGAAAUCAAACCGAUACUCUGUGUGGAAGAGUUUUCUUCAAAAGUGAAAUCUUGAGCUGGUCUUAGCAAAUACAUUGCACUUGUGGAGGAUAUUAGGAUGUCAUUUAGAACUGUGAGAAGCCUGUCAUUCAUUUAGCCAGGUGUUCCAGCUGGUCUGGAGAUUAAAACUGCCAAGGUCAAUGUUAGAAAACGGCCCCAAAUUGAAUUUAGAGAACUACCUGCUAUCCUUUAUAUGUACACCAAAAAUGUUUCCAUGCUAAAGCAACUUGUCGGAACUUCACUCUAUUGCCAGUAUAGGCCGUACAACAUGUAUAUUCAAGUUUUUGUAAAAAAUAGAUAAACACAUUUCCAUCUCUACAGAAGAGGCCGUGGUCACCAUCCAUGACUGAGUUAGGUUGAAAGCUUUAAUUUAAACUUUUUUUUGCUGUUGGUAUAGAUGUCCUAAUAAAGCAUGGCUGCUCUGUGA